CACAGCACCUGACUGAGGACAAGACUCAGGUCUUCUCUCUCACGGGAUCACAGGUAAACAUUUAGAACAAUUUAAAUAACUUUUCUGAUGUUUUUAAAUGGUUAUCUAUAGCUUGUAUGACAGCUUAAGUAUAUUAAAACAUACCAGAGUUACACUGUACUCAUUCUUGAUUUAUACUUUUCUAGAUGUCACGCCUUAUAGAAAAUGAAUAUGUGAGCUAAGAAAAAUAGUUGGGAGCAUAAUUGAUCACAAGAAGGAAAAUCUUGUCAGGACAGCAGCUGUAAUACUAAUUAAGACCUUCAGUUUGAUAAAAGAGGCUCAGUUCAGGUGAAGCAAAGGCCAUUUUCAUUCUGCCUUGUACAUGAUCAGGCCAGGGACUCAGAGAAGUAGAGUAAAACAGACAGAUUUAUAUUCUGAUGCUCAUUUGGUCAGGCUUGCCAAGGAGAGGAAGUCACUCUGUGGUACAGAUUUGGUAUAAACUGGAUAAUGACUGCCAGAAGAACUAAAGUGGUUUGGUAACCAAAAACUUGAUAAAUAUCUGUGGACUUCAGAGACUGACCUGCAAUUUCUGCAGUGCCAUUCAAUAAAUAUAAAUCUUUCUUUACAUAAUAACAAUAACAACAAUAUUUUCUAGUCUAUUUUACAGAAAACAACAAGAAGAAGAUACUACUGAACAGGCUCUAGCAAUGGAACAGGUUUCAGCAUCAAUUGGUAGUUUUACAGUUGAUCUUUUCAACAAACUGAAUGAGACCAACAGGGACAAAAACAUUUUCUUUUCACCUUGGAGUAUAUCAUCUGCACUCGCCCUGACAUACCUGGGUGCAAAAGGCAAUACAGCAAGAGAGAUGGCAGAGGUUCUUCAUUUCACUGAAGCCGCUGGAGCUGAAAGCUCUUCUGUGGCCAGACCUUCUCGGGGGAGACCAAAAAGAAGAAGAAUGGACCCCGAGCAUGAGCAAGCUGAGAACAUCCACACUGGAUUCAAAGAGCUCCUGGCAGCCUUUAACAAACCCAGAAACACCUACUCACUGAGAAGUGCCAACCGUAUCUAUGUGGAAAAAACCUACCCAUUGCUGCCUACAUAUAUACAGCUCAAUAAGAAAUACUAUAAGGCAGAGCCGCACAAGGUUAACUUUAAGACAGCCCCGGAACAAACCAGAAAGGAAAUCAACACCUGGGUGGAAAAACAAACGGAGAGUAAAAUAAAGGAUUUGUUGAGUUCGGAUGAUGUAACAAACACCACCAGGCUCAUCUUGGUCAAUGCCAUUUACUUCAAGGCAGAAUGGGAAGUGCAAUUUCAGGCAGGACACACAUCUAUGCAACCCUUCCGACUGAGCAAGAACAAGUCCAAGCCCGUGAAAAUGAUGUAUAUGAGAAAUACAUUUCCAGUUCUUAUCAUGGAAAAAAUGAACUUCAAAAUGAUUGAGCUUCCAUAUGUGAAACGUGAACUCAGUAUGUUCAUCCUGCUUCCUGAUGACAUCAGAGAUGGCACUACUGGUCUUGAGCAGCUGGAAAGGGAACUCACCUACGAGAAGCUGUCAGAAUGGGCUGAUUCGAAGAAGAUGACAGAAACUCUUGUGGAUCUGCACCUGCCCAAGUUCUCACUGGAGGACAAAUAUGACCUCCAUGAUACUCUGAGGAACAUGGGAAUGACAAGUGCCUUCACCAGCAAGGCAGAUUUCAGGGGUAUGACUGCUAAGAAGGAUUUGUUUAUUUCCAAAGUCGCUCAUCAGUCUUUUGUUGCAGUUGAUGAGAAAGGCACUGAGGCAGCAGCUGCUACGGCUGUAAUUGUAACAGUCACAGCUACGGCUAUCAACAUUGCUCUGAAAUUUAAGGCUGAUCACCCUUUCCACUUCUUCAUCAGACACAACAAAUCCAAAACGAUCCUGUUUUUUGGCAGAUUCUGCUGCCCAGCAGAAUGAAUUAUUCCUCUCUCCCAGAGGGAUCCACCAGGGUGUGCCUCAAAGACCAUCUCUCUACUGCUCCUUUAUGCUAAUGAAAUUGCCUUUCAGAAAAGCAAAUGCUUGAUGUAUAAUUGCUAACCCCUGUUCACCUUGCAUAUUGUCCUUGUUUCUCUAAACUCUCAAGACUGAGGUUGAUUUGCACCGGCAAAAAAAAAAAAAAAAAAGGCCAAGAAAAUGACAGGGAACAUGCCUUAUUGCUAUCUCUUAAUGAAACAUGAUCUAAACAAUUCAAACCUGCUUCUCAUUUUCAAUUUAAUGUAAUUAUAUCCGUUUCCUGGCUACCAUCUGCACAGUUUCUUUGAUAACUGUAUGAUUUGUUACUUAUGAGUGCCUUUCAGCUAAGACUGGCCCAGUAUUGUCAGAAACACCAGUAAGAUUUUACUCAUGCUUCACUUCAUCAUUUUGCCAUGAUCUGCAAUUAAAUAAUAAAUAAGUUUGGAACUAUG